AUGUCUUCUCCCCGUGAUCUGCCUCGAGAUGAAGGCAUCACCGAUCAUCCGAACCACUUAGUAGCCGAUUCACAGGAUGAUACUGAUAGCGAUGCUGAUUCUGCCCUUGCUCUGAGUACUACCACAGUCUUUGGCGAGUUCAUCGGAAUCGCUUGCUUCGAGUAUUAUGAGACAUCGUCACGAAAACGUUCUCAAGGAUAUGUGCUGCCGAAUGAUGAGACAGAGAAUGAUCGUCUUGGAUUUUCGCCCCGAAGAGUUCUAGAUGCUGGAACUGGAACCGGAGUCUGGGCUAUGGAUUAUGCUGAAGAUAAUCCUGAAGCACAGGUUGUCGGCAUCGAUCUCAGCCCCACGCAACCCGACUUCGUUCCUCCUAAUCUCACAUUUUACAUCGACGACAUAGAAGAUCAGUGGACAUUUUCUUACAAGUUCGACAUGAUUUAUGCCCGAAUGAUGACAGGAUCGAUUCGAGACUGGCCGAAGUUUAUUCAACAAAGUUACGACAAUCUAGAGUCAGGCGGUUGGCUUGAAUUAUCAGAUAUUCUUAUGCAACUCCACUCUGAUGACGAUACUAUUCCUGAGGGAUGUGCAGCUGCGAAAUGGGGCGACCUGAUGCUCGAAGCAGCUGACAAGUUUGGAGCCCCUCUGGACAGCUGUCUACGGUAUAAGCAGCAACUACUCGAUGCAGGAUUUGUAGACGUCGUCGAGACUAUCUACAAGUGGCCAAGCAAUCCCUGGCCACGCGAUCCCAAGUUCAAGGAAAUGGUCUUGCUCUAUUCACCCGCGCUUUGGGCUGGACUGCAGAGCAAGUCGAGAUUUUCUUGGUAG